GAUGCCACAUUGAGUAUCAUUCAAGUAAACGCCGAACUGGAGAAAGGAGGUUUUGCAAAAUCAAACUAAAGCGCAUGCAUACAAAAUUCAACGGCCACAUUUGCCUGUAAGUCAGCAGAUUUCAGCGAAGGUGAAAUUUACUCAAGAAUCAGAAAAAGAUGUGUAAAUUUACAAAUCGUCUUUUCGUCUUUGUGGUAUUAGCGAUGUUGGGUUCGGAAGUAUGCAGUUCAACAAUACCCACUAAGAAACAUACCUACAAACAAUCCCGCGACGAUAGCCUCAUGUCACUAUUUGAUUUUCUUCUACCGGAUUAUGAUUAUGACCUGCAUUAUGAUCAACGUCAGAAGGGCAACGAGAAUGUACGUGUUAAGCUGGACGGUUUUUAUAUUGGCUUGCCCGAGCAAGACUCCUCUUUACUCUUGAUGAAUUCUGAAGAUUUAAUAUCGCAAUUGAGCGAUGAGUUGUUGAGCGGCGCCAGUAAGAGUCGAAAUCCCACUGCUGCUCCUUUCAAUUCACUGAGUGAUGGAAAAGAACAUAGUUUUGAUAAAAUAAAAGUGGAGCCAAAGCCCGAAACAACUCUUGUUGUGGAGAUUCCAGCACCGAAGAAAGAUUUGGAAGCAAGGCAGCGUAUAGAACAUGCGACAGAAGACAGUGCAGUCGGCAUGCGCACAAAGGUACAGCUGUAUAAUUUGCUUAAUCAUCUGAUGAAGCGGACACAGAAAAAUGCAUUUAGAAAAAAUUAAAAAAUAUACCUAUUA